AUGGGAACUAACUCCAAGUCUGAAGAUGAAUGGCGUGCCAUUUUGUCUCCACAGCAGUUUAGGAUUCUCCGUCAGAAGGGAACAGAGGGACCCAACACAGGGGAAUACAAUCACCAUGACACGUCAGGCGUGUACAGCUGUGCUGGCUGUGGCACACCACUAUACAAGAGCAGCACGAAGUUUAACAGCGGCUGCGGAUGGCCUGCUUUCUUUGAUGCAAUCCCUGGUGCCGUUAGUAGGCAUGAAGAUCGGUCGAUGUUUAUGACGAGGACAGAGAUUACCUGUACCGCAUGCGGUGGUCACCUCGGGCAUGUGUUCAAAGGAGAAGGAUACGACACGCCAACCGAUGAACGACACUGCGUGAAUUCGGUCUCGCUGAACUUUAAGGAUGAAUAA